AUGAGCCAGAGCGUCCUCUCGCUACGGCGGGCGGCUCAGCGCAGACUGGAGGUGCACGGCGGCGUCCAGAGCGGCAGGGGAGCGCCACUCACGGGCGCGGACCGAAAAGGGAACACCAGGAGGCCACCACCGCAGAUAGAGACGGCCAGAACGAACUUAUAUGCGCAACAGUCGUCUCUGACUACUGGUAAAUCUUAUGUGCCAGCAUCCACGGAAGAAUUAAAAACUUUCUUAGGGAUAAAUAUCUUGAUGGGCAUAAAACCACUUCCUAGUUACAGAGACUACUGGAGUUCAGGUGCUGAUCUACAUGAUAGUUAUUACUUGCCAAAGAAGCCUAUCAAGAGAGGCUACAAGGUGUGGGUACUAGCAGACAAAUCUGACUAUGCAUGGAAAUUGGAUAUUUACACUGGGAAGAAAGAUAAUGCUGUGGAAAAGAAAUUGGGAGAAAGAUUUGUGAAACACCUCACUGAAAAUAUUAAAGUAUCAUCAACAAUGUCUGCAAUGAAUAAGGUUCGAGACACUGGAGCUGUGGACCUGGGCGCCCUUCUGGAUGCUGGACAGGGCGCUAUGGUAACGCUGCUGCCUGGAGAGACACAGCUCGUGGCGCACAGAGCGGUCCUGGCCGCCAGGAGCCCCGUCUUCGCCGCCGUGUUCCGGCACGACACGCUGGAGGCCAGCAGCGGCCAGGUCACCAUCGCAGACGUGGAGGGACUGACGCUGAGGCAGCUGCUGGCUGCAGGCCUCCCAGCUGCAGUAGCCUUCCUGGAGACGAGGAAAAACAAAAGGUUGCUCCAGGCAGCUGAGGAGGGGGCACUGCAGGAGAUGCAGGUACUGCUUGCAGCAGGGGCAGACGCUGGAGCGAAGGACACAGUGUGCAUCAGUGGCCUGCACAGGGCAGCAAGGGAGAGACCUAUAGAGCCAGUGAGGUGUCUAGUGGAUGCUCGAGCAGUAGUUGAUUCUAGGACCAACUUACAGAAUACACCUCUGCACUUGGCAGCAUGGAAAGAGCAAGCAGCUGUGGUCCGGCUACUGGCGGCAUUGUCUGCUGACCCCAAUGCUAGGAAUCAGUGGGGGAUGACACCACUGCACAGGGCAGCACUCGAUGGCCAUGUGGAGGCGACAGCAGCACUGCUGGCUGUGGGAGCCAGCCCAGAGGCCAGGGAUGACAUUGGUGCCACCCCUCGUCAUCUCGCCAGGAAAGAGAACCACCAGGAUAUCGUAGAGUUGUUAACUUGA